AUGUACAACCCAGUGAAGACGAUCAAGACAAACACUUUGGGCACCAUCAACAUGCUCGGCUUAGCCAAGCGAGUGAAAGCUACAGUAUUGUUGGCAUCGACUUCAGAGAUUUAUGGGGAUCCUGAAGUUCAUCCUCAACCGGAGACAUAUUGGGGUCAUGUGAACACCAUUGGUCCUCGUAGCUGUUACGAUGAAGGAAAACGAGUUGCAGAGUCGCUAAUGGUUGCAUACAAUAAGCAGGAACGUGUUGCGAUAAGAAUUGCGCGCAUAUUCAAUACAUUUGGUCCGAGAAUGCACAUGAAUGAUGGAAGAGUCGUGUCUAAUUUUAUCAUACAAGCAUUACAGGGCAAACCAAUUACGAUUUAUGGAAACGGAUCACAGACGCGAUCUUUUCAAUAUGUGGAUGAUCUGGUUGAUGGAUUAAUAGCUUUGAUGAACAGCAACUGCUCAUUACCAGUAAACAUUGGCAACCCAGAAGAACAUUCGAUAGCCAGUUUUGCGCAAAUUAUUCGGGACCUUGUUGGUAGCUCAAGUGAGAUAAUAAAUCAGCCUUCCCAAGAAGAUGAUCCACAACAGCGAAAGCCAGACAUAUCUAGGGCAGCAAGAGAACUGAACUGGAAACCUCAGGUAUGA